AUGGCCCAUAUUCAAUCGACGUCGUCGGCGCGGGUCCUCACCUUCGCCGUGCUCUGCUCUGCGUUAUGGGUGGCGACUCUCCCACGCAUCGCGGAUGCAGUUCCUCUCUCCUACGUGCUGAGUCAGAUCCGCGACACGUCCAACACGGACGGCAAGCCCGCCGACAUGACUGCGGGAGUGGUGGAGUUCGCCGCUGGAUACGACAAGGUCGAUGACAUUUCCGGAAGCUCGCUUCUUUUUCCCAUUAACGAAGGCUGGACUAGCGCACUCACGGGUUACAAGGCCAAGAACCCGUCUGCGACAUCCUCGUCGGACCCGGUUCUCGAGGCGCUCACCACGGUGUUGUCCUCGUCGGGGUCACUGUCGGCCCUCAACGGCAUGUCCGCAAACGCCAAGAACGCGCUGUCGCGCCUCGCCAAGUUCAUGGCGAUCCGCGGUACCAUCUCAACCACAGACAUGGAAAGUGGCAGCGUGAGUGUCCCGCAACUCGUGGAAAGCACAUACAAGAACGGGCGGUUCAGCUUCGACACGGAGGUGAACCAGCCAAUGUACCUCUACGCCAACGUCACUGGCGCGCUCAUGUAUGCCAGCAUCGGGGGCUUGGAUCACGUCUUCACUGGGACCGACCGUGGUGCCGUUGACCCCACUACUUCCAAGAAGAAUGGACUCAUCGCGGGGAGUGAUGAUGGAGGGCCGAAAGCAGCCGCGGAUGUUCUAGUGGCUGUUAUACUGAGAACCAGCCGUGUUAAAGGUGCCAUCAAGACAACCGACUCCGAUAUGACCGCCAUGUUUGUAACCGACGUGGCGUUCCCCGCCAACAUGGGCUCGCUUACCAGCUCCGACCCCGUGUCACCGUAUGGCAAAGGUGCGUUGUGGGGUGUGGAUGGCACCUUUGAGUCACCUGCUGCUUUCUAA